GAGAACUUUACAGGAAGAAGAAGGCUGCCCCUGUCUCUCUGUAUAAAAUCAUCAACAACACAUCUCUCUUUCUUUGUCAUUAACAAAAACAUACAAAAAGGGAAAUGAAGAUCAACUUCUCACCGAUUCUGUGAAUCUCGAUCCUUUCUUACAUCCUCUCUUCUUCAUAAUCUCUCUUUUGCUCAUUCUUUUGAAACCCAUCUCUUUCUGAUUUUGGUAUGCUUUUCUUCUUGCGUUUCCACAAUUUGCUCUGUUUUUCUAGAUUGGGAUUAUCAUCUUACUUUCAUUUGUUGAUUUGGGUUCUCGAGGUUUUUGGUUCUGUUGCCGGAUUUUCUGUCGGAAUUUGCAAAUUUAGAGUUGGCUCUCCUUGGAUUCUUUUACAUGGUUUUGGAUUUGAUCCGUGUGGAAUUGAUUUUCCCCUGCAUCUUUUGUGUUCUUAUUCUUGAUCAAUCUUUCAUAGUUUCUGGGUUGUUUCUGAGUAAAUCUAUUGCCCUAAUCUUGAUGUUCAAUAAUGGAAGCUCUUGGUAUAUUCUGUUUAGCGUGUAUGUGUGCGUGCUGGCGGUUGGAGUACGCUCUUUGAAGAUAUAAAUGGAAACUUUUGAUGGUUCUAUUCAAUGUUAUUGACUCUUGCAUCUAAGCAGAUCUUUACACAAGAGAUCAGAUAUCGACCAAAGGAUCUGACUACAGAACCUUUUGAACUCAGAAGUCAGAACUGUGACGUCUUUUACAUCUCCACUUCUUCAUAUUUCAACACUUAUUUUGUACCUAAAUUUUGAUAACAAUGGGUCUCUCCAGCCUUCCUGCCCCUUCUGAAGGAGUACUAGGCGUGAUCCUUGUAAAUACAGCCUUAUCCAUUUCUAUCUUCAAAGGCAUAGUUCGGUCAAUCCUCCAUGUUGUUGGCAUCCAUCUCUCGUCCUCGCCUACAUUACCUUCAUCACCGGAUUCCAUGGAGAAUGCUCCUGAAUCCAUAGAGUUCCAUCUUAACCCCAAUGGAAGUUACAUUGAAGAGUUUCGCAGUCGAAUCCCAGCAAUUCUUUUCGACAAAGUACGAAGCUGCAAAUGGCUUGAACACGAUUGCUCGGUUUGCCUAACCCAAUUUGAACCCGAAUCAGAGAUAAAUCAUUUAUCUUGUGGCCAUCUUUUCCAUAGAGUGUGCUUGGAGAAGUGGUUGGACUACUGGAACCUUACAUGCCCACUGUGUCGAACUCCGUUAAUGCCAGAAGAAGACACAGCUUCCUGCUUUUGGUGAGAGGAUUAUUAAUAUGAUGGUUGAGGAACUUCUUACCAUUGUACAGCAGCAUAGUGUAGAUAAACUUAAAAAGUGCAUCCGCAAGCCAUAGCAUUUGUACCUUUCAUAUGCAUGAGGAGUUGAAGCGUGAUGAGUGUGGUUGGGUCUUAGACCCUUGUUAUUUCAUUGUAAAUAUCAAGCUUUCCGCUUUUUGAUCUUUUUCCGUUUGGUGUUUAUGCAGUCUUGAGACUGGCUUUUACAUUUCAAGUUAAUGCAGCUACUUCCCUUUAUCAUCUUUCU